UGUACAAAUUGUGUCUUAUAGAUGGCCUGUUUACAAAUGUUUUACCAAAAUCCAUCCUUUUCAGUGUCUCUGUCAUGAAAUUCCAGUUUAUUGCAUCGCUGACUUUUUCCUUCUUCUUCCUCAACCAGGAAAAUAGAAUUGAAUGGACGCAGCUUUGAAUGAUGAGAAACAAACCAGUAUAUUAUGGAAAUAGAUGAAAGUGCAAUAAGGAAACCAAUAGAAGAGGAAGAAGAAGAGAUCCUGUCAAGGUGCUGGUAUUGGAGAACUCUGUAAGAAAGCAUUAAGAAGUACAAUGCAGUUAAAUGUACCCACCACUCUCCGCAUGGAGGCAAAACCAUAUCAAUGCACUGAAUGUGCAAAGAGUUUUAUCAGUAGGGUAGGGUAUAAUCACCAUAAAAAAAACCACACAGGGGAGAAACCACACAAAUGCAUGGAGUGUGGAAAGAGCUUCAUCGAGAGCGGAGGUCUGACUAUCCACAAGAGAACCCACACAGGAGAGAAACCAUAUAAAUGCACGGAGUGUGACAAGAGAUUCACUCAGAGAGAAAACCUACGUUCGCAUAAAAGAACCCACACAGGGGAGAAGCCAUAUAAAUGCAUGGAAUGUGGAAAGAGCUUCAGCAGUAGGGUAGUGUAUUAUCGCCAUCAAAAAAUCCACACUGGGGAGAAACCAUAUAAAUGCAUGGAGUGUGGAAAGAGCUUCACUUACAGUGGAGAGCUGACUAGCCACCAAAGAACCCACACAGGGGAGAAACCAUAUAAAUGCAUGGAGUGUGGGGAGAGCUUCACUCAGAGUGGAAGUCUACAGUUACAUGAAAGAAUCCACACAGGGGAGAAGCCAUAUAAAUGCAUGGAGUGUGGAAAGAGCUUCACUCAGAGUGGAAACCUACGUACACAUCAAAGAAUCCACACAGGUGAGAAACCCUAUAAAUGCAUGGAAUGUGGAAAGAGUUUCACUUGCAAUGGAAAUCUAAAGGGUCAUCAAAGAACCCACACAGAGGAGAAACCCUAUAAAUGCAUGGAGUGUGGGAAGAGCUUCCCUUUCAGUCGAGCUCUACGUUUACAUGAAAGAACCCACAAAGGGGAGAAACUCUAUAAAUGCUUGGAGUGUGGGAAGAGCUUCAGUCACAGUGGAACUCUAAGUUUACAUGAGAGAACCCACACAGGGGAGAAGCCAUACAAAUGCAUGGAAUGUGGAAAGAGCUUCAGUUGCAGUAGAACUCUAAGUUCACAUAGAAGAACCCACACAGGGGAAAAACCCCAUGAAUGCUUGGAGUGUGGGAAGAGCUUCGCUCGGAGUGGAAAUCUACAUUCACAUCAAAGAAUCCACUCAGGGGAGAAACCCUAUAAAUGCAUGGAAUGUGGGAAGAGCUUCAGUUGGAAUGCAAAUCUAAAGAGUCAUCAAAGAACCCACACAGGAGAGAAACCCCAUAAAUGCUUGGAGUGUGGGAAGAGCUUUACUUGUAGUGCAAGUUUAUAUUCACAUCAAAGGAUACACAUAAAAGAAACUGUAUAAAUGCUUGGAUGUGGCAAGAGCUCCAGAAGUAAGGUGAGAUGUAUGGCACACACUGGAAAGAAACCAUAGAAAUGCUCUGAAUGUAGUAAGAGUAUGUACUGAACAGCAAAGAAGUGUCACAAGACUGAAAUUGGAAAUGGCAGAGUGUUUAUGCAACAGCUCCCGUGGUGCGACAUAUUAAUUUUAACAUACAGAAUGUAGCAAGGAUAGUCAUAUUGUGAUUGAUGAAAUAUGGAAAAGAGUCUGAAUCUUUUGUUAGAAAUAGGGUGUCACUUUCCUGUAAUUCCAGGUUCUUAAAGGGUUUUCCCAAUGAAAUUAAUGUUCGAAAUGUAUUUUGUUCUUCAAAGACAAUAUUUUCUGAUUCCAAAGACUCAGCAGGACAGCUGCUGCAGUCCUUUGAUAAGAGUGAGUCUAAUGAAUUGUACGGCACAGUUUUUCCACUCAAGGUCAGGAAACAGCUGGACAAAGGAACUGGAAACCUGCCAGUCAUUGAGAUGGACUCCUGAGCAUCUUUAUCCGAGACAGAAAUAAUGACAGACGAUGAGUGUGUCUAACAAGCCCAUAGCGCAUGGCGUGGCUUUGAGGAGGCGUUUGCAGAGACUCUUAGGAACCAUAGCCUUGUUCUCUGCGUUUUCUUCCCUUCCCUUGGAAGAGGGAGACUUGUCUUCUGAUGGUUUCUUCAGAACUUCCUUUUGGGGGGGAAAGGCUUUUGAAGGCGACUGUCCCCUUUUUAGUUCUAGGUUUUCAUGAAGAAAAGGUCAAAUAUUUUGGAUUUCAGAAUUGAGGAUAAAGGAGGCUCAGUUUUCACAGUGUCUAUUAGAAAUCUUGAACUGUUUAUUAUUAUUUCAUUAUUAAGCUUAUUGUUAAUACCAAAGUGGAUGGGGAAAUAAUCUUAUUGAGCCUUUCCUGCAGUUUCAUUCUCUCCUAUUGAUCACCAGCGUUUGGGUUGGGACUAGCCUUCCCUGCUUUUCUGCCACUACAGGUAUAUAUAGACUGGAGCCGCCUGGCUUUGCCUGUUUGCAAUGUAACUUUUUGAUUUCUUCCCGGUGACUGCAAUGUACCCUUUUGAUUUUUGCCUAAUGUAAGUUUUUGAUUUCUGCCCAGUGACUUCUAUGCAACCAUUUGAUCUCUGAGUAGUAACUGUACUUCAACCUUGUGUUUUCUGCCUAGUAACUGCAGUAGAAGUCCUUCCAACUGUUCUUUGAAAUGGACACCAAAAUUCAAAAUCGCAUGUUGCAUAUAACUCUAUCUAUCUAUCUAUCUAUCUAUCUAUCUAUCUAUCUGCAACGCAACCAAUACAGAUUUUAUAUAUACAUUUCCCAACUUCAGCCAUAAUGAAAGAACCAGAAUACAAACCUUUUGGGUUCUGACCCUUAUUGCAGGGAUUCCUUGUCCAUACUUCUUCAGAGGCAGGUUUAGCCUUUGCCUUCCUCUGAGGCUGAGAGAGUGGGACUUGCUGAAGGUCUCCAGAUGAGUUUUUAGGGCAGAGCAGGAAGGGAUUUGAAUCCUUGUCUCCCAGCAUCCCAGUCCAGCAUUUCCAACCCCCUUGAAUCCCUCUUCCCUGCCUUGAUGUUCCCCUGCCCUGGGAUGAUGGCACCGUCUGGAGCAUGCCUUCGCCAUCCCACUUUUUCAGAGGCUUCAGAAAUGUCCCAGAUUCCUCUUCCUCCUCCUCUCCCCCUUUCAUCUCAGCUAACAUCUCUUGCUUCACUUAAGAACCUCAAUUAAUAUUAAUAACAUUGAUCAAUGAUAAUUGUUAGUACUGUAAUAACAAUAGUUGCAGUUGUCUACUAUGCCCUUUCAAAAGGAGACGCUGCUGGAUAUUAUUUGUGAUCUGUUGGCAGACCACUCCAGAUCCAUUACACUGAAGGUGGCCCCUUUUGCAGGAGCAGCCCAAAGGAUCCACUGCAAAUGUCUAAAAACAUGCACAGAGGACUGCAGCCCUCUUGUUGCCCUGGCAUCUCGCCCUGCGUUUGAAUCGGUUUUAUUCUCUUUGUAUUUUGUAGAUACUUUUUGUGAGAUAUAAAAAUCCACUUUCCAAAUUGUUGAGCUAAAGACAAGAAGGACAAGAAAACAGUCAAACAAAUAAUCAGGUGAAAGCGCAAUAAGCCAUAUUUAUUUGAACAAAAUCAUCAAUUCUGCAGAAUAGGGUGCAAUCAAUCUAUCAGCAAAAAUAAGUAGAGAGAGAGAGAGAGAGCGCAUGAGUUUACAUAGAUUUCGCGCAUAUUUAUACAGUUCUUUAUAUCAUCAUAUUUUUCAUCAUAUUUUUCAGUGGCCAGAUCAAGGCAUGCGAUUAAUCUUAAGACCUCCUUUGCAUGUAUGUAACCUCAUAUCAUACAUCUCAUGACCAUAUAAAUUGGGGGUCAUUUAUGUAUAGGAGGUGCCGGAUUAUGUAUUAUCCUUAUUAAGCAUACUCAGUUUAAAAAUUUGUGAACUUUAAGUCACCCUUUUAUAUAAAAAAAGUAUUCUUGUCAAUUAGUGAGAAUAACACUCCUUUAUCUCUUGAUUUAUUUCUCCCUUGUAACAUUGCCCUUGAUUUCCAGGUGCAGACAAAGGUUUCUUUCCUUUGAAGCUUCUUUGUCUAAUUUAAUUGCUAGAUUUCUAACGCAAGCCUAUUUCAUUAUUAUUAUUAUUAUUAUUAUUAUUAUUAUUAUUAUUAUUAUUUUUAAACCGGACACUAGGCAUCUUAAUAGUCUUGAUAUAGCCAAAAAAUUACUUAUUCAGUCUAUGUUUUAUAAAAUAACUAAACCCAAAACAUUCUAGAAUCACAGAAUCAUAAAAUAAUAGGGUUUGAAGAGAUCCCAAAGGCCAUCCAAUCCAACCUUUCUGUCAUGCAGGAACUCUCCAUCAAAGCAUCCCUAUUGACAGAUGGCCUUCCAGCCUCUGCUUAAAGACCUCUAAGAAAUAAGUGUAUCAGGUUUAUUUAUCUAAGAUAUAAACCCCAUUAAUUCUUACAAAACUAUAUAUUUAAUAGAUAACAGUGUUCAGGUGUGCUAUAUAUUUAAUAAUUGAAGCCCAAUAUACUUUUAUAAAGUGAGCAUAAUACAAAGCUUAUCUAAAAACUAUUUCUUUUACUAACUUAUAUUUUGAUAAAAUUCCCUUUCAAUAAAAGGGCCUCAACUGACCUUUAUUCAAUCCCAUUAGAUAUAUUGAUUAUAAUAGUAUUCAUGUAUAGAUGUGGUUUUUAUCCUAUCUAUAUAUGUAAUCUAAUUAUAACAUACGAUUAUAUAAUCCUUUCUACUCUAGUCAUGUGUUUCUAACUCUUUUGUUAAGUCCAAUGUGUUUGAUUCAAAUCCAUUUCUCUCACUUUUGUGGAAAGCAUACCCUGCAAUGCUUUGUAAUAGUUUGUAAUGUACGUUGUACCACAAGCAAAUAAACCUGAUGAUGAUGAUGAAUAGUAGUAGUAGUAGUAGUAGUAUAGCAGUUGGCUACCAUGCCUCAAUUUCCAUUGGCCAAAGGAGGGAGGAGGGUGUGCUUCUUGGCCAGACAAGGGAAGCCUCUAGUAGAAAUAAUGCAGCUUGGUGCUACUUUUCCUGCCGUGGCUCCAUCCUACAGACUUCUGGGAUUUGUCGUUUUGGGAGGCCCCAGCACUCUUUGGCAGAGAAGGCUAAAGGCCUUGCAAAACUACACAUCCCAGGAUUCCACAGGACGGAGCUACAGCACUUAAAGAAGUGCCAAACUGUGUACUGUAGAUGUACCCUAAGCCAUGGACACUUAAAGAUGCCCACGUUUGCAGAGUGGCCUUGCAGAUGAGCCCCCAAACGCUGCCAGCCUCCCAAACCCAUCCUGGGCCCUUCCUCGUCAUGCGCCCAUUGAGGGGCAUUUCUGACCCACUGUUGCUGGGGCCCAGCAUCCCAGGAGACACCCUUUUUGCAGAGGAGAAGGAAGACCCCUUUUUCAUAGGCUCUUUUCUGGCACUCCUGCAGUAAUAAAUUCCUGCCAGAAAGGAUGUAAUAUGAUUUAGGGUUUAAAAUAAGAGUGAUGGGAUUGUUUAAAUUGGUUUAAACAUGUGGCUUUAGACUGUGGGAGAGAACAAGUGUAAAUGUGCUUCUAAGGCUAAGAAUUUGCUAGAGGUAACUAGAGAAGAAUGCAGAGGAGUGAUUUGCUUGCUUUUAGAAAAGGAGAAUGAUUGGGAGACAAUUAGCAGACAUUAAUCCUCGUUUGCAUUAGCCUCCCAGGCUGAGGACAGCCAUCAACACAGAGCAAGACACAUGCAAAUCA